GCUAUAUAAGAAAAAAAAGAAAAUACUCCAUUUAUAUAAAUAGAUAAAUAUAUAUAUAGUCCCAGGCGGCAAGAAACUCCCUCAACGCAGACGGCCACUCAAAGGCCAAAGCUUUUGCCUAACCGGAGAGACCCACUGCCCCAUACUUCUUUCGGGUCGCUUUCUCGGCCUUCCGCAUUUGGAUUUUGAUUUGAAUUAAGAUGGCAAAAGAAAGUCUUAGCAAUGGAUCAUCAUCAGCUCAUCAAAGACCUGGUCUGUUGAAAGACCAAGUCCGAUUGUUUAAGAGAAAGGAUUCUGAUAGAUAUGAGAUUGUCCCAAUAACGGAUAAUUUGUCAUUUGAGAAAGGAUUCUUUGUUGUAGUCCGCGCAUGCCAGUUGUUGACACAGAAAAAUGAUGGGAUUAUAUUGGUAGGAUUGGCUGGGCCUUCUGGUGCAGGGAAGACCAUAUUCACUGAAAACAUUUUGAAUUUCAUGCCAAAUGUUGCCGUUAUUUCAAUGGAUAAUUAUAAUGAUGCAACUCGGAUUGUCGAUGGAAACUUUGAUGACCCACGCUUGACAGACUAUGAUACAUUGCUAAAUAACAUCCAUGAUCUUAAGGCGGGCAAACCAACGGAGGUUCCAAUAUAUGAUUUCAAAUCAAGCUCCCGAGUAGGAUACAGGAGGCUUGAAGUUCCUGGCUCCUCUAUAGUAAUAAUUGAGGGAAUCUAUGCUUUGAAUGAAAAACUGAGGCCUUUUCUUGAUCUUCGAGUAUCUGUGACAGGGGGUGUCCAUUUUGAUCUAGUCAAGCGAGUGUUGCGUGACAUUCAACGUGCUGGUCAAGAACCUGAAGAGAUAAUCCAGCAAAUAUCUGAAACAGUUUAUCCUAUGUAUAAGGCCUUUAUUGAGCCUGACCUACAAACUGCGCAUAUAAAAAUAAUAAAUAAAUUUAAUCCAUUCACUGGCUUCCAGAAUCCUACUUAUAUUCUGAAGUCUUCAAAGAGAGUUACAGUGGAAGAGAUCAAGUCAUCAUUGUCUGAAGAGUAUACAGAGAGUACAGAAGAAACUUAUGAUAUCUAUCUUUUGCCACCCGGUGAAGAUCCAGAGUCAUGUCAUUCAUACCUGAGGAUGAGGAACAAAGAUGGAAGAUAUAAUCUCAUGUUUGAGGAGUGGGUCACAGAUUCUCCAUUUAUCAUAUCACCAAGGAUCACUUUUGAAGUGAGUGUGAGGCUUCUUGGUGGGUUGAUGGCUUUGGGGUACACAAUAGCAGCAAUCCUCAAACGAAGUAGCCACGUGCUUCGCAAUGAAAGGGUCUGUGUUAAAGUUGAUUGGCUUGAACAGCUAAAGCGCCAAUAUGUCCAGGUCCAAGGAAGAGACCGUUUGGUUGUAAAGUGUGUUGCCGAUCAACUGGGGCUAGAAGGCUCAUACAUCCCACGCACAUAUAUUGAACAGAUACAGCUAGAAAAGCUUGUGAAUGAGAUUAUGGUGUUACCAGAUGAUUUGAAAACAAAGCUUAGCUUAGAUGAAGAUCUUGUGUCCAGUCCUAAAGCAGCGCUUUCCCUUGCCUCAGCUGAAAGGUUGGCAUCCAGGAAUAAGAAAAUCAAAAGGGACAAAAAUUUGACCAAAGAUGAUAGGUUUUCGAUAACCUUCCGGAAGAUUGAUGACAGGACUUCACCAUCAACAUUAGCAAACCAGGGGGCAAUCACUCAUCUGUCAGAACAGAUUUCGACCCUAAAUGACCGAAUGGAUGAUUGCACAGUGAAGAUGGAAGAACUCAGUUUGAAGCUAAGCAAUCGACGAACUUCCCCCAGUAGUGCCCAAAAUGGUGGUGGUGGUGGUGGUGCUGCUAAGCAAUCUGAAGCCUGCAAUGGAUCUGCCCCUACUUCUCAUUUCAUCUCUGGUUUAGAGAACGGUUCCUUGAUUGGAUCUACUAUGCCACAUUCUUCAUCUUCAUCCCAUACUCCCCGGGAUUCCACUUUCGUGGAUGAGCUAUCAAACAUUGCUCGGAGUCAGCGGCAAAUGAUGAUUCAGCUGGAAAACCUCGGCACUCUUCUCCGCGAGGGGUCGGGACGCGGGCCCCACCAAGAAAACGGGACCCAGCAGCGAAGGCUGAUAGCGGGGCUUGAUCCCGUCAAAGCCUAUGCUCUCUCCGCUCUGGCAGUUGCUGGCUUUGGAAUCUUGAUGUUUAAGAGCUUUCGGCAUGGAAAUUGAAGACCCAGAAAUCUUUUAGUGAAUGGGAAUCUCUUCUCUUUGACACUGCUGUUUACUCGUUGCAUUUUUUGCCUUUGCGAAAGAAGAAUUUUACUUGAGAGAGUAUACAUACAUCUCUGAGAUUUAAUGGAAGGGCUAAAUCAAUUUUUUUUUUAAAUAAUAAUAGAGGAAUUCAAAU